GAGGGCUAAGGAAGAAACCGCGGGGCAGAAGUGUGAGCAAACUGUGUUGUUUUUAGUUUUUAUAAGUCAUGAUUGAAUUUACCUAAACUUUAUACGCGCGAGAUUUUUUUUAUUUAUCGUUUGUAUUUAGCGUUGUGAUAUUUAUGUUUUGAUAAUGCCGCCUCGGAAACGGGAGAAACCAACUGAAAAAGAAUCCAACACUGAUCAAAUAAAAACAGAUCGCGAACUCUUCUUACAAGCAUUUGAAAAACCUACUCAAAUAUACAGAUUUUUAGGUUCUAGACAACAGCAUUCUCCUGUAUUCCUUCAAAGAUGUUUAACAUACAUGAAACGUCGAAUGUCAAGAACCCAUUCAAAAAGGAAAUCUUUUAAAAUCAAUAGUAUUUUAGAAAAAGUUACUGCUCAGCAAAGGGCCUUGGACUCUGAAAGGCCUUCUGGUCAUUUAAUAAUAACAUUCACUGGGUACUAUGACAAGUCACAUAAAGAUCUGCUUCUUGCAGGCCCUGGCGACACAGUUUGUGUAGAAGCUACACUUCUAAAGAUAUGUCAUAAAAAAAGGAAAGAUGUGUCAUCACCUGUUAUGCAAAUAUCUGUUGGAAAAUGUGAUGUACACAGGAACCCCGAUGUUACAAACCCUCCUGCCAAAGUCACUGCCAUUUCUGUUCCAAAUGACAAUUUUAAUCUCAGUAAUGGACAUCUAGUCAAGUCUUAUGUACUUUUGUUGCGAGUCACAUGCCCUGUUAACAAAACAAAAGUAAAUGGAUAUUGUAAUGGUGACAUCUCUGAUGUAUUGGAUGAACCAGCACAGAAGAAAAGAAAAAGCAUGAAGAAUUCAUCUGAUGACAUCCACUAUUAUGGAGCAGAACUUGUUGUAUAUGAUAAACACCAAAGAUGUUUAUUAACAGAUGGUGAAUAUCAACUUGUUCUACAGGAUCUCGGACAGAGAAAUUCUCCAAAGAAGCUCUCAUCAUGGGAAACUUUUCCCGAAGGCAAAGAGAAGGUAUCGAACACAAAUAUGACUUUACCACAAUAUGAGUCAAUUAAUUUCAUUGAUGUGUUUGGGAAAGGCCCCUUAGUUACAUUUCAUCUCCAGUGGAGAGAUAAUCUGGUAAAUGGUAUUGUGGAUCGUCCUCAACCAGCUACAAAAAUGGAUGAGCUUUUUUGUCCAAAUGGUUUAAAAGAUGUGAAUCCCGAGUUCCCAUUACAGGAAAGACCAAAUAAAAUGCGUAUUUUCUAUCAGUUCCUCUACAAUAACAACACAAGACAACAAACUGAGGCACGAGAUGAUUUCCAGUGCCCAUGGUGCAGAGUCAAUUGUAUAGAGCUCUACUGUUUGCUGAAGCAUCUCAAAUUAUGCCACAGCCGAUUUUGCUUUAACUAUGUUCCUCAUCCCAAGGGUGCUCGUAUUGACGUGUCCAUCAAUGAAUCAUAUGAUGGUUCCUAUGUGGGAAAUCCUAACGAUUUACAUUCAACUGGUUUUGCUUUUAGUCGCACUGGUCCAGCUCGACGUAAUCCUGUUACUCAUGUUAUGGUGUGUCGUCCUAAAAGACCAACACCAAGUUUAUCUGAAUUUUUGGAACCUGAUGAUGCAGAAGCAGAUGGCCCUCGCUCUUACAUUUCUGGUCACAAUCGCUUGUACUACCAUACUGCCACUUGCUUGUCUGUGAGACCUCAGGAAAUAGAUAUUGACAGUGAAUCUGAAAAUGACCCACUAUGGUUAAGAAUAAAAACACAGCAUAUGAUUGAUGAAUUUACGGAUGUCAAUGAAGGAGAGAAAGAAUUAAUGAAAAUGUGGAACCUUCAUAUCAUGAAACAUGGAUUUGUGGGUGACUGCCAGAUUCCUCUUGCCUGCUCCAUGUUUAUAGAAGAACAUGGGAAAACAAUCUUGGUCCAGAGACUGUACCGGAACUUUCUCUUACAUCUCUGCAAUCUUUUUGACUAUGGUUUGAUCAGCGCCUCUGUUGUCUACCACACCAUGCACCAACUCAACCAGAUCAGGGAUGAAGCUUCAUGGUCUUCAUAGCAUCAAAUAUUCUAUAGCUUUCUUUUUCUUUUUUUAAAUUUUAGUUUUGUUUUUUUCCUUUCAACUUUGAAAUGAAUUCUUGAGAUUUUUUCACUUUCUGAAAACCCCUGCAAAAGAAAGGAAGAAAGAAAAAGAUAGUUCUUUUUGUUUCAGUUUUUGUCAUAAUAAGAAUGGAUUUUUCUUUACAAAUUAGUUAGUGCAGGAAAUUUUUUUCAGAGUGAUGAAAUUAAAUUUUUUUAAACAUGAUCUCUAAUUGCAUAAGGUAUAAUUUGAUUUUUUUUUUACAUGAUAAGGGAUUAUAAAUAUAUUGUUUCCAAAUUAUAAUAAAUUCUAUGUUAUGUGUUAGCAUUUCAGCAUUUUUUAAAUUUAACUCCCUUUCUCUCUCUUCCCGUAUCGUUAGUUAAUAUUAUUUAAAUAAACAUGUAAUAUCAUCACUUUAGAGUGCAUCAUUUAAAAUUGUUAUCAUUCAUUUUCAUUUCUGCUUUUAUCUGUCUGUAGUUGAAUUAAAUUUGAUUUUGUUCUUAUUUUAGAAAUUUUCUGAUAUUAUUUUAUGUUUGUAAAGUCAUAUCAUAAACCUUACAUUUUCGUAAUUUAUUUAUUAUAUAUAAAAGUAAGAUUAAAGGAAAGCUCAUUAAUUUUUAUUUUCCUAAUUUGUGAUAAUCUUUUGUUUGUUAAUGAUUGUUGCUCAGCACAAAAUGGACACAUUCCAUCUAAAUUUAAAUAGCUUUGAUUUAAAAUCUUGAUAGCCUUUCCCUGAUUACCUGCCUUAAGAUAUAAGACAACUUAAGUUCUGUAUUCUCUGUUUAGAACAUUACUUUCUGUAAAUCAUUUAAUUUAAUAUAACAUUUUUAUUCUUUUGUUUUGUUUUCUUGAAAUAUUGAUGCAAUUAGAUGAUGUGACAGUGAGUGUCAUUGUUAACAGUGGUGUCUCAUUUCGAACUUUACAUUGUAUAUUAAUUGCAAAUUUGUUAAAUUGAAUUGUGUAAAAAAAUAUUCCAAUACAAAGUUUUUCCUGUGUCUGUAUGAUAACAACAGUGAUUGAAGCUUGUUUGAAUGUAAUGUGUGUGUGUUUGUUUCUUUCAACAAAGUUAACCAGCUCAUGGAACUGCCAUUUUCCCCCUGUUUUUUUGGGUUGACGGCUUGUCCCUGCUUUGUUGCCUUACGGUGUUGCCUUUGUCGCAGAACUAUAGCCGUAUAUACAAAGAUGUAGUGAAAGUUUGGGGAAAUUCACAAAUACUCGUGUCUUGUCUUCACUCAGCUAUUACUGCCAUCAUAUUCGUGAUAUAAGUAGAGGUGUGAAGUGUUAUUUGCUCAGAUUUGAACAAAAGUUUUUUUGCUGUAUGUUGAAUAAUACAAGCUAGAAGUAUUUUUUCUUUCAUAAAAACUGUUCAGCAUUAUGAACUUGCUUUUUCUUUUACUUCAUAUUGAAUUUAACAGUCAUCAAAAAUAUUACUUUAAUGAUUAGUUAUAAAAAUAAUAUUGGAAAUUUUGGAAGGAUUUAUCAUUCAAUUAUUCCAAUUAUUAAACACCUCAUAAUGAAACCAAAUAUAUUUUUGAAAUUAAUUUUAUUUGGAAAAUACAGAUGUUUAUUAUUUUUUUUUUUUUUUAAUUUUUAGAUACAGCUUCUCCUUUCAACUAUUCUCAUAUAAAUUGGGAGACCUAUCAAGUUUGCAUGCUCUGUUUUGGGGAAUAAAUUUAAAAUUCAAACAUUUUGAUACAGUUAAUUAAUAUUUUAAGUAACAAUAGAUUUAAUUCUACUCUGGAUGUUAGUUUUUCAAAAAAAUAUAUGAAAUAGUGAAACAGAUAUGUAUCUUGUAAUCUGUUUUAUUUGAAAUGAGCAAAAUAUUUAAUUAAUACUGAGUAUAAUGUUUAUUCAGCUUUGAAUUGAAAAUUUUUCUCGAACUUGACAAAAUUUCAUAAGUUUAUUUCUAACAAGUUGAUGACAUCUUUGUUUUACACAUUACAAUUUUUAUCAUUUUUUGUCACAGCACAAUAUAUGUUAGUUUCACCCUUUUUUUAAAAGAUACAUACAUUAUGAAAUGCCGGAUCCCCCCACCACCACCAAAAAAACACUUAUAUUGAAUAAAUUAAAUAUUCCCACCCCCAAUUGUUUUUUUUUUAAAUUAAAUAAUUUCAUAGCUUUUACAUUGUCUGAGACCUUUGUUUUGGACAUGGGAUAUUUGCAAGUACACAUAUGUGUGUAGUAUAAUAGAUUAAGAUGUUCAUACAAUAAAAACAUAUUCAUUUAUUCCACCUUUAUAAGACUUUGUAAAUUAGUAUACAUAGAUUGUUAUUAUUAUUUUACUGCUUUCUGUAAAUUUGAGAUUUAUAGAAUUGGUAUUUCAUAAUGACCCUAUGCAAGUUAACUAUCAAAAACUGCUACCCUAUUUCUUUUUUUGUGUGUGUCUGCAAUGAUAUUAUAGAAAAAAAAAAUAUUAUGAUGUUAAACUGAGAAAUGAAUUGUUGGUAAAUCAUUAAUUCAUUUCUCCUAAUUAAUUCUGAAUAAUAUUAAAAUUUUUAUAUGUUUGAUAAAAUGAAAAGUUUAUAUGUCUUUUAGAAUUGUCAUUGUGAAAAAAUAGUAAUAAAAUUAUGUAUAUUUUAUUACAUUUUACUUCUGGAGAGUAAGGAUAAUGUCAUACACAACAUGACUAAAAAAAUAUCAUUAAUUUUAUUUGAAAAUACUUAUAAGAAAAUAUGCAUCCCCAAAAUCAAUUCAGUUAAUUAUUCCUAUUUUAUCAUAGGAAGACAGAGCAAAACACUUCACAUAUCAAGAUUGUAAAUGUAAUAUAGAUAAUGGUUUCAUUUCUACAAAACAAAGAAAUUUGUACUAACUUUUUUUUUGUGUUGAAUGUGGAUGAUGUAUGUAUGUGUCAUAACAUAUGAUUUUUAGCUGAUAUUUUUCCUGUAUUACAUUUUGAGUAUGCUUUGUAUUUUGUUCAUGUAGAAAUGUUAGAAAAUCCCAUUUUUAUGUAAGGGUUUGAAAGGGGACCAUGUAUCUAUAGUGCUUUUUGUAUUUAUGGUCCUCUAGGUACCUAUUUGUGCACUGGAAAAAAAAUAUGUGAAACAGGCAUAUUUAACUUUAUCGCCUUAGUUUGUAAAAUAGAUUUGGAUGAAUUGUAUUUUUCAGUCCAGAGAAACAGUUUUAUAUUGAAAUAGUUUCUGAAGUUUCAAUAUGGUAAUACUGUUAUGUGUAAACUGCUUUUUUUCUCUUGCAUUUUUGU